UUAUUCUUUUCAAGUGCUCAAAAACUAUGGAACUAUUUUAUGAAAAUCUUAUGCCUAUUCUUGAUUAUUGUACAGCGGUUGAAUAGUUCUAAGUUCGAAACGAUCAGUCUCAAGAAAAGACUCACUUUUUAUGCAACAGGAAGUUACGCCACUUCCCGUGUGAUCUCACUUCUUUUGCAAAGAGAUUCUUCUUUGUCUCUGAGUGAGACCUAGCCCACAUUCUGAGCCACCAACAUGUCUGAGUGUGAGUCAACCUGUCGCGCCGUCACUCAGCCAAGCUCAGGCCACGCCCACACGGCGCAGGGGGAGGAGCCACGGCCACAGAGUGUCCCGGAGAAAUUGCACGACAAGGAGGCCGAGGAACAGUUCCGGCGGGAAAACCCGAUCCUGGACCGUCAACACCCCAGAUACCGAGGCAUCACCACCAGUCUGGGCAACCCUGUGUUCAGCAACACGCCGUGUGAGCCGCCAGAGUAUGUUCAGCCUCAAGUGACGUACGGGGUGCCGGGGUACAAGAGGCCGAAACAGCAUCCUUACUACCAGACCUCCAG